AUGCCCUCCAACGACGGUCUGCUGGCUGUUGCCCGCUCCUUUCGAGUCCUCGUCAUUGGUGGUUCCUAUGGAGGUCUCUCUGCCGCUCUGAACCUCUGGGAUCUCUCCCGAGGUCGUUUACCGCGCUUCAACUAUGCCUACGAUGGCCCAGCCCCAGCACACCGGAUUCCCAUACAAACCACCAUCGUGGAUGAACGCGACGGCUAUUAUCAUCUCAUCGGGACUCCCAAAUCGUUGGCUUGCGAGAAACUAGCCGCAGAGUCUUGGACUCGAUUCCAAGACAUCCCGGCACUCAAAUCUCCAGAUUUCAAAAUCAUCCAAGGCAGUGUCAGCAGUGUAGACUGUGCCACCAAAGUCGCGCACAUUCUAGAUACGGCGACCAAUUCGACCAUCACCGAGUCUUAUGACUAUCUCAUCGUAGCUUCUGGGCUGCGACGAGGGUACCCCACCGUUCCUAGAUCUCUGCGACGGGACGACUACCUCGAGGAGGCCAGGAAACAUACGGAGAAUGUUCGAAAUGCCCGAGGUGUUGUGGUCAUUGGUGGUGGUGCAGUUGGAGUGGAGAUGGCCGCCGAGUUGAAGAUGCUCGAGCCCCAACAAAAAGUCACUCUGAUUCAUUCCCGAGACCGGCUACUCUCCUCCGAGCCACUACCCGAUGACUUUGCAGAGCGGGCGUACUCCAUCCUACAGCAGGGAGGUGUGGCAGUGAUACUGGGCCAGCGUGUGAUGGACACCACCGCAGUGGACGUCGAAGGUGACCAGCGCAUGUGGCGCUUGACGCUAGGUGAUGGACGGCAGAUCACAACUGGGCACGUGUUGAGUGCCAUCUCACGAUGCAUCCCCACAUCCACCUAUUUACCACCGCAAACUCUGAAUGAGGACGGUUAUGUGAAGGUCCAGCCUUCAUUACAAUUUUCGGCGGACAUUCCCAACGCCGAGCAUCACUAUGCCGUCGGAGAUCUUGCGGCCUGGCCUGGCAUCAAGCGCUGCGGAGGUGCAAUGCACAUGGGUCAUUACGCGGCCAUGAACAUUCAUCAACAGAUGAUGGCCGAGUGCAGCGGUGGCAAGCCCACGCUGAAGACCCUUAACCCCUUCCCAGCCGUGAUUGGAUUGGCCCUUGGAACGAAGGCUGUGUCCUACACGCCGGAUGAGGGCACAAAGCAUGGCGAGGAGCUCUUGGCUAGCUUGUUCGGAGAAGAUAUGGGCAAUAGCAACUGCAGGAAUUAUCUGAAAUUGUCAGAGGCAUGCCAGGCGUGA